AGGGCUAGCGUGGUAUAUUUUAUUAAGAUCGUGCUCAGUGAGCUAGUCAGAGCGCUUAGGUCAAGCUCAGGGCGUGCUCAGUUCUACUCAGUGAGCAAAAAGCGGCAAGGACUGAGCACUAAGACGGAAAGGGAAGGCCAAGAAGUGGCAGAGGAAAUCAAGUACAUAGGUCCUACUGUGGCAAAUCACCAAUUUACUGGAGGUGGAGACUACUGGAUGAACUCAUUUGGCAGAUCUUGA